ACAGACAGAAGAGAGAGAGAGAGAGAGAGAGAGAGAGAGAGAGAGAGAGAGAGAGAGAGAGACCGGAUUGAGACUGUGGGAGCUUGUGUGUUCAUUUCAUCACCCGUUUAAGAACCAACCAAGGAAGACAGAGGACGGAAGGAAGGAGACUGAAAAAACGACAGCCUCUGAAAAAGCGAAAGUGAGUGGUAAAGGAAGGGAGGAAGGAAGGAAGCGGGGUCUGAGGAGGGGUGUCUGACGUCGCUGGUCUCGCUUGACAGGCAGCAAGAUUUCUGCUUAGCCAGCCCACAUCUGCUUGUUUUCUUCUCCUCUUUCUGGGAUCGUUGUCCUCCAUCCUUUCUUCUCCUCUGAGCAAGAGGGAAAGAGAGAAAGCGAGAGAGGAGGAGGAGGGGAGGCAGCCCCCCCACCCUUACACAGACACACGGCACAGAACGAAAGGAGAGAGGACGAAGCAGAGAAAAGAGAGAGAGCCCGUUUUGUCGUUCCUUGCCGUCUCUGUCGCCCCUCGGCGAGCGAGCGGCUAACAGGCACCGCUCAUGUCCGUGAACUCUGAGAAAUCCUCGUCCCCCGAAAGGCCUGAGACCCAGCAAAAAGCCCCGGUGUCUGCCCACCCUCCCCCGCCUCCCCCUCCACCCCCUCCUGAGCCUGCCGUCCCCCCAGAGCCAGAGGAGGAGAUCCUAGGCUCUGACGAUGAGGAGCAGGAGGACCCCGCAGACUACUGCAAAGGUGGAUACCAUCCGGUGAAGAUAGGGGACUUGUUCAACGGGAGGUACCACGUGAUCCGCAAGCUAGGCUGGGGUCACUUCUCCACCGUAUGGCUGUGCUGGGACAUCCAGGUGAAGAACUUCGUGGCGAUGAAGGUGGUGAAGAGUGCUCAGCACUACACGGAGACAGCCCUGGAUGAGAUCAAACUGCUAAGAUGUGUGAGAGAGAGUGACCCCUCUGACCAAAACAAAGAAAUGGUGGUUCAGCUGAUAGACGACUUCAAGAUCUCUGGAAUCAAUGGAAUACAUGUGUGUAUGGUGUUUGAGGUUCUGGGGCACCACCUUCUGAAAUGGAUAAUCAAGUCCAACUACCAGGGCCUUCCUCUACCCUGUGUCAAGAGUAUUAUCAAACAGGUGUUGCAGGGCCUGGACUACCUCCACAGCAAGUGUAAGAUCGUCCACACGGACAUCAAGCCGGAGAACAUCCUGAUGUGUGUGGACGAUGCGUUUGUCCGCCGUAUGGCCGUGGAGGCCACAGAGUGGCAGAAGGCUGGGGCACCCCCGCCCUCUGGAUCUGCAGUCAGCACAGCACCACAGGCCAAACCAGUGGGGAAGAUCUCUAAGAACAAGAAGAAGAAGCUGAAGAAGAAGCAGAAGCGUCAGACCGAGCUGUUGGAGAGACGCAUGCUGGAGAUAGAGGCCCUGGAGAGAGAGGCUGAGAAACUGAGGGCCACAGAGGGCCCCGAUGGUGAGGGGUUGACCCACCCUCCGAAACACACACCCCGCAACGCGGCACUGGGGCCCGCCGUCGCACUGGGCGAGAGCGAUGACGACGAUGAUGACGAUGAAGAGGAUGGAGACGAGGAGGAGGAAGUAGAGACGGAGAGGGAGAGGCCCACCAGGCUAACCAAUCACACCUGUGCUGCCCCACCCCAGGAGCAGUCAGAGGUUCCCCCUACGCCAGAGGCAGCAGCAGAGCCAGAGGGGGAGCCCACCCCCAGCCCUACUCCAGAGACAGAGACACAGACCCCCACACCCACCGCCACCACACCUGGGGAUGGCAAGACAGCCAAUCCAGAGGGAGAGGCAGAGGAGGAGGAGGAGGAGGAGGACGAGAAGGAGGAUUGGAAAGAGGCCGUAAAGGAAGAGAAGGAGGAAGAGGAGGAGGAUGGGGAAGACGAUGAAGAGGAUGAAGAGGACUUGGUUACAGCUCCGGCCGAGCCGCCGCCGGCGGUGGAGUUAGAAGAGAAAGAGGAACCAAAGAAGGAGAGGAGAACAGAGGAGGAGAGGAGAACAGAGGAGGAGAGGAGAACAGAGGAGGAGAGGAGAACAGAGGAGGAGAGGAGAACAGAGGAGGAGGUGAAGGGUGAGGAGACCAAGGAGCAGGAAACGGACAAAGAGGAAGAGGAGGACGACGAUGACGAGGACGACGAGGACGACGACGAUGACGACGAUGAUGACGAUGAUGCCGAUGUAACAGAGACGGGCGCUGACGACCUCAGCAACUCCAUCUCCACCGCCAUGGGCCAGAACAACAACACCACCAAAACCAACGGCCACGUCCUACUGGGGGGUGAGGAGAGGGAGAGGGAGAGAGGUCCCAGAGCCAGCCAUCCAGCCCCAACCUCCUCCCCCAUCCCUCUUCACUGCCCCCUGGUGGAGUCAGAGUUCAGCUGCACGGACAGGGACCAAAGCUCCCUCAGCUCCUCCUAUGAGCUCUUCAACGGCGAGGUGGUCACGCCAGGCCUGACCAACGGGGCACAGCGCCACAGGGGCACGGCGCCACGCUUCCCCGAGCUGCCCCUGGACCCGGGAAGCCCCGUCACAGUGGGCGGAGCUGGUCACCCAGGGGCCGGGACCUCCCCUCACAGCCCCACUGCAGACCGCAGCCGUACUGUGUCAUUGUCUAGCACCGGGGACACGCCUAAAGAUGAUGUGGUUCUAGCCAAGGCCAAAGCAGCAGACCUGCUGGUUAACCCUCUGGACCCCCGCAAUGCUGACACACUCCGAGUCAAGAUAGCUGACCUGGGCAACGCCUGCUGGGUGCACAAGCACUUCACAGAGGACAUUCAGACCAGACAGUACCGCUCCAUAGAGGUCCUGAUAGGAGCUGGCUACAGCACUCCUGCUGACAUCUGGAGCACCGCCUGCAUGGCGUUUGAGCUGGCUACAGGAGAUUACCUGUUUGAACCCCACUCUGGAGAGGACUACUCCAGGGAUGAGGAUCACAUCGCUCUGAUCAUGGAGCUUCUGGGGAAGGUUCCACGCAAAGUGGUCGCCGCCGGGAAGUACAGCCGAGAGUUUUUCUCCAAGAAAGGUGAGCUGAGGCACAUCACCAAGCUGAAGCCCUGGUCCCUGUUUGAUGUGUUGGUGGAGAAGUACGGCUGGGCCCCAGAAGACGCUGGCCACUUCACCCACUUCCUGCUGCCCAUGCUGGAGAUGGUCCCUGAGAAGAGGGCCUCGGCUGGGGACUGCCUCAGCCACCCCUGGCUCAACUCGUAGUGACACCAGCCCACCCCCCCCCCCCCUAGUGGCAGCCUCCACACACUGCUCAAAGCUAGGCACUCAAGACUGGAGAGAGAGGGAGAGGGGGGAGGAGGGGAGGGAAAGGGGAGACAGGGGGUGCCCCUUUCUUGGUCCUGCCCUGCCUCACCUCGCCCUGAGCCCUCCACACACACGCACAUAGGUAUGCACACAUGCAAAACAGAUGCCCACAGAGCCUCAGCAGGUAGACUGAGAGAGACUGCUCCUCUGCUGUCCUCCCCAUAGGUCCCAUACAACCCCUCACAGGAGCAAUAGAGCGCCCCAGGAAUAGAGUUGGAUGGAGUCAAACUUCCACGAUUCUAGACAGGCAGGAUGAGAUCCCUACACAACAUGAGGAGCAGCCAUGGUCAGGACUAUGUCUUCCAAGACAUCUCCUACUUAGAACGACCAUGCAGUCUGAACAGAAACUAACCCGCUCAUAUGAAUAGGUUCUCUGCAAUGUCCUGGCCAGUCUUAUUCUGAGCCUAAACCUGUCCUCCACCCUAGGUUUCCUAUUAGAAGUCAAUGAGCACCUCUAUCAGAAUGCUGACUGUGUGAUAGCUCCAUUUGCUUGACCUUACAACAGCACGGCCUAAACAUGCUGAGGCAGAAGUGUGUGUAUGUGUGUGUGUGUAUACAUGUGAGUGUGUGUUAUUAGUCUGGGUCUGCACAUUCUGUAGGUGUAACAGGCAAGUGUGUGUACGUCCCUCUCCUACAAAGGCGCAACAAGACUUCCAGAUUAGGAGUCGGCCGUUCACCCUACUCUUCCUCUCCUCUCAUCCCUCUCCAGCCCCUGCCCCCCUCCUUUACUCUGUAGGAGUACUGUGCCCCC